AUGACAAUCUACCAAGCAACCAACAGGACCAUCUUCAACUGGACAGACAGCCGCAUUGUUGAGUGGGAGAAAUUUGCUGAGCUGGCUAAAUACGAGCCAGAAUCCCAGAAACCAACAGUGAAAGCUCUCCUAAUUGUGGCGUACUCGGUCAUUAUCAUCAUGUCUCUCUUUGGGAACAUGCUGGUGUGCCAUGUGGUGCUGAAGAACAAGAGGAUGCACUCAGCCACCAGCCUUUUCAUCGUCAACCUGGCGGUGUCUGACAUUAUGAUCACGCUGCUCAACACACCUUUUACCCUGGUUCGGUUUGUCAACAGCACAUGGAUCUUUGGAAAGGCCAUGUGCCACAUCAGCCGCUUUGUGCAGUACUGCUCCCUCCACGUCUCCACGCUGACCCUAACGGCCAUCGCCCUGGACAGGUACCAGGUCAUCCUGAACCCGCUGAAGCAGAGGAUGUCACUGACGAAGGGAGCGCUGAGCAUCUCUGUCAUCUGGCUGAUGGCAACCUGCUUCUCCUUGCCCCAUGCCAUCUACCAAAAGCUGUUCCAGUAUAACUACAGGGAAGCCACUGUCCGGAGUUUGUGCCUCCCCGAUUUUCCUGAGCCCGCAGAGCUGGUCUGGAAGUACCUGGACCUGUCCACCUUUCUCCUUCUUUACCUCCUGCCUCUGCUAAUCAUCACUGUCACCUACACGCGCCUGGCCAAGAAGCUGUGGCUCCGCAACACCAUUGGAGACAUCACCACGCAGCAGUAUAUCACCCACCACAAGAACAAGAAGAAGAGCAUCAAGAUGCUGAUGCUGGUGGUGGUGGUCUUUGCUGUCUGCUGGUUCCCUCUCAACUGCUACGUGGUGCUCAUCUCCAGUCUAGGCAUCAAGACAAAGAACUCCCUCUAUUUCGCCCUGCAUUGGUUCGCCAUGAGCAGCACCUGCUACAACCCUUUCAUCUACUGCUGGCUGAACGAGAGCUUCCGCUCGGAGCUCAAGUCCCUCCUCUGCAUGUGCCAGAAGGUGCCUCAGGCUCAGGAGAACGUGCUGCUGCCCAUGGUCACGUCCUGCCGCGAGGCGUGGAUGGAGCAGGCCAGGUACAGGAAGGGACCUGCCUUGCAGACUGUUUGCUCCACUGUAAACAUCCAGACAGCCAACACAGACCUGUGA